AUGAGUUUCGACGCUGUUAAAUUAAUUAACGAAGUUAAACGUCGCCGUUCGUUAUGGGAUACAUCGCACUGCGAUUAUGCCAACAAAAUCAUUACACAAGACAGCUGGAACGGUGUUUGUCGAAAUUUCAAGGAAGGAUUUGACUCAAUGGAGACAAAGGAGAAUGAUAAAUAUUUGCAAUAUCUUCAACGAAAAUGGAAAAACCUUAAAAUAUCAUAUGCCCGUGAACAGUCUAAAAGAAUGACAUUGAAAUCAGGAUCAGGCAGUAAACCAUGGACAACUUAUAUGUAUUACAAUCAAUUGUCAUUUCUUUCAACUUGUGUUAGAAAUAAACAAACUACAUCAAACUUAAAUGACAAUGAUGCCGAACCAACCAUAAAAAAUGAAGAUAACGAUAGUAUGAAUGAUUCAGGCGAAGAACACAGUUAUAAAGAAACGAUCACGCGAUCAAGAUCAUCUAAAAAGCAAAAAACACAACCUAAAGAUACAGAAGGUCAACUGUUUCUACCUUUACAAAAAAGCGUAGAAGAAGAUCCUGACCGUUUGUUUUUGUUAUCCCUUAUCGAUGAUUUUAAACAAGUACCCGAGGAUAAGAAAUUGGACGUGAAACUUAGCAUCAUGCGAAUCAUUUCUAAUGCAAAACAAUCUCUACAACCAAAUAACAGCCAGAAUUUGACACAACAGAAAACGCCAUUUUCAGUUGUUUCAAAUGUUGAUACUCAGUGUCAAUUAGAUCCUUCAUAUAAUGUCCAUUCACCGACACGUGAUCAAAAUCCCUGUUCUGGCGUUUAUCAAUCACAAAAUCAUCAAAAAAACGAUCAACCUAAACGUUUUCAAACUCCAACCUCUACUCCGAGUGAAAAUAUUCCUAUUCAUUCAGAUUUGGAUGCAUCUCAAUCACGCUCUUCAAGUUUGAAUGCUCCUGAACUUAUUUACCUAAAAGUACUGGGACAAGAUAACACUGUUGUUCAAUUUAAAAUUAAGAAACGCUCUCCUUUAACGAAAUUGAUGAAUGCUUAUUGCGAAAGAACUGGACUUGCUAUAGCCACAGUCAUAUUCAAGUUUGGUGAUAAAGUUAUUAGUGAAUCAGAUACUCCUUUGUCGUUAGAGAUGGAAGAAGGACAAACAAUAGAGCAAUUCAUUAAACAAUAAGGUUGAUAGUUAUACUCUUAUUGCAAAGUCGUUGCUUUACGCUAUGGAUGAAACAAUCAUUAUUCGAUUUAUUUGUUUGUGCUAAAUUAAAAUUAGCCCUCUCAAUUGAUCCAGUAUCCGAGAAAAAAUGUUAAAG